AUGACCCCCAAAAGACUCGGGGUGUUUCUACUUCUUGCGCUGUGUGCGCUGACGCUUGUCACGGCACAGACUUCCACCGACUCCACAAAAUCGACGACGGGGACGAUGAUGGGGACGACGACGGAUACGCCGGACACGACAGACUCGACAGACACGACAGACACAACAGACACACCAGACACCACAAGGUUGACGGACACCACAAGGUUGACGGACACCACAAGAUCGACGCCCACCGUCACGUCGACGCCCACCACCACGUCGACGCCCACCACCACGUCGACGCCCACCACCACGUCGACGCCCACCACCACGUCGACGCCCACCACCACGUCGACGCCUACUACCACGUCGACGCCCACUACCACGUCGACGCCCAUUACCACGUCGACGCCUACCACCACACGACGGAUACCACACGAAGUCACAGCACCAGCUACUUCGACAUUGACUAACACCCCGAUUAAUGCCCCCGCUACGACGACCAAUGCCCCCGCUUUGACGACCAAGACGCCGACUAACACGGCUAAUGUGCCGACUGCGACGCCGGCCACUCCAAAUGCGGAGACUGCCGCUAGUACGACGGAGGUGUCGCCUUCUGAUGAGGCUGACACUACGUCGCCAUCUGCUCCAGACUUGACAUCCGAGUACGGAGCGGCGGCUAGCGGCACCGGCACUUUGAUUAACAGCGACACGGAAAGUUCGAGCUCUUCCUCGACGUCGAGCUGGUUGGCGCCCGUCGUGGUGGCUGCUGUGGUGCUGGUGGUCCUGCUAGUUAUCACGUUCUACGUGCGCAGGCACAAGCGCGACGACCAGGACGACGUGGACCGACCAAGCGACAAUUUCUUUCAGGCCCCAAGUUCGACUACGAACAAGUACGCUAAUAACGCUGGAACAGGCGGAGACAACGGCAUGGGGUCCGCGGAGGAGCGCGCCCAGAAGGGAUAUGUGAUGGGCAUGCGCAAGGAGUCGGCAGCGACUGCGGCGCCUGCUGCCAUUCCGCCCCUGUCUUCCAAGAUGCGGAGCGACUCGGUGACCGGCGCCCCGCAGUCGCACAACCGCCAGGACUUGGUGCCUAUUCAGGAUGAACCGCGUUUCACUCUGCAGCAGCAGGUCGAGCUGGAGCAGUCACAGCAUUCGGUGCGCGUGGCAGGCGUACCGCAAUCUCCACAGGCAAUGACAAGCCUGGCCGGUCGAUCAUUCAAGCCGGGCACUUCAUUUGAGCAGGGCCAGUCAUACGACUCGUCUUACCCGACGUCCGGUUCUUCCGUGCCGGGCGUGACGCUGUAA